CACUUACCAAGACAUUGCUUCGAAUUUUCCUCUUAAUUUCUCUUUGGAAAAACAAAAUACCCGGAAAAUGAACCCGACCCGGACGGACAGUUUUAGCUUGAUUCGGACUCUCUGUAAACCGACCCAUCACCCGCUUCUCUACCUCCGAGUCGCCUUCUUGUUUGUUCCCACCUGAGAAAGAUCGUGUUUUAGUGAAAGGUUAAGCUUUUUUUUGUUGUUUUGUUUAUUUUGUAAAACCCAGAAUGUCGCCGUUUCAAUUGAAGAAGAACAUCCUUAGUUUAACAGAAGAUUUGCUCUUUCGGAUCUACGAGAUUCUUGUCUCCGAGUCGGAUCGGAAAUCGUUUAGGCUCGUCUGCCGAGAGUUCCAUCGAAUCGACUCGUUGACUCGGAAGCAUCUCCGAGUACUUCGGAUCGAGUUCUUGCCGAUUCUUCUCCAUAAGUACCCUCGAUUGCAAUCUCUCGACCUCUCCGUUUGUCCCCGCAUUGAAGACGAGGUGGUUUCCUUGCUCUUAUCUCGGGUUGGAACGGGUUCGAUUUCUCUGAGUUUGGGUAAUUGGACUCGGGGUUUGAAGAGUCUGGUCCUGAGCCGAGCGACUGGGUUGAGGUUCUCGGGUUUGGAGAUGUUGGCACGUGCUUGUCCGUGUUUGGAGAGCGUUGACGUCUCGUAUUGUUGUGGGUUCGGAGACAGGGAAGCCGCUGCUUUAUCGUCCGCCGUUGGAUUGAGGGAGUUGAACAUGGAUAAGUGCUUGCAACUCACCGAUGUCGGAUUGGCGAAGAUCGCUAUCGGGUGUUCGAAGUUACAAAAAUUGAGCUUGAAGUGGUGUAUGGAGAUAACUGAUCUUGGUGUUGAUCUUUUGUGUAAGAAAUGCUUUGAUUUGAAGUAUCUUGAUGUCUCUUAUCUCAAGGUUACAAAUGAAUCACUUCAUUCUAUUGCUUCUCUGCUGAAACUGGAGGUUUUGGGUUUAAUGGCGUGUCCUUUAAUCGAUGAUGUCGGAUUACAGUUUAUUGAGCACGGGUGCCCUUUAUUAAAGGUCAUUGAUGUAUCCAGGUGCGAAGGUCUGAGUUCGUCUAGUUUAAUCUUUGUCGUUAGAGGUCAUGGUAAUCUUCUGGAGCUAAAUGCAGGUUACUGUCUUUCUGAGCUUUCUACAGCCCUUUUGCAUCAGAUAAAGAACUUAAAGCGCCUUGAAGUGAUUAGAAUCGAUGGGGCUAGAAUUUCCCAGUCUAGUUUCCAAGUAAUUAGCGCCAACUGCAAGUCAUUGGUAGAGAUCGGGCUUAGCAAAUGUGUGGGGGUGACUAACAUGGGUGUAAUGAAACUUGUAUCUGGCUGCAUUAAUUUAAGAGUUCUAAAUCUAACCUGCUGCCGUUCGGUUACUGAUGCUGCAAUUUCUGCUAUAGCUGACUCAUGCAGAAACCUUGUAUGCCUCAAGCUAGAGUCUUGUAAUAUGAUUACCGAGAAGGGUCUUUGUCAGCUCGGAUCCUUUUGCUUGCUACUGGAGGAAAUUGAUCUAACGGAUUGUUGUGGUGUAAAUGACAAAGGAUUGGAAUACUUAUCUAGAUGUUCUGAACUAUCAUGCUUGAAACUGGGGCUUUGCACAAACAUAUCGGAUAAAGGACUUUACUAUAUCGGUUCUAACUGUAAAAAGAUUCAUGAACUAGAUCUAUACCGGUGUACCGCUAUCAGUGAUGAUGGCUUAGAUGCUAUAUCCAGUGGUUGCAAGAAGUUGAGGAAACUCAACUUGUCAUACUGCAAUGAAGUUUCUGACAGAGGGCUAGGUUAUCUCGGUUGUCUAAAGGAACUUUCUGAUCUGGAAAUGCGGGCACUUCAUAAAAUAACAGGUGUGGGUUUGGAAGCACUUGUAGCUGGAUGUAAGAGACUGGCAGAUCUGGAUAUUAAACAUUGCGAGAAAGUUGAUGAUUCGGGCUUUUGGGCACUUGCCUACUACUCAAGGAAUCUUCGACAGAUAAAUUUGAGCUACUGUGCCAUUUCUGAUAUGGCAUUGUGCAUGGUGAUGGGGAACUUGAGCCGGCUGCAGGAGGCGAAGGUUGUGCACCUCCACAAUGUCACGGUUAAAGGGUUCGAACUUGCACUUAGAGCCUGCUGUGUACGGGUAAAAAAGAUCAAGCUGUGUGCCCUUCUACGAUUCACACUGUCAUCGGAGAUCAUUGAAAUCCUGCAUGCCAGAGGUUGCAUCAUAAGAUGGGAUUAGUAGAUGUCUACAUCUUGGAAGUUCAUCAGGAUAAUAAUAAAUGA